UCUAAAACCGGAAGUUUAUGAAACUAUGAGGCGGGGAAUAUUAAACUUGUUAGAGCGAUAUUGGGUAAAAUAUGGGUAAUUAUUUGACGUAUCCAUUCGGAAAAAACAGAGGGAAAAAACGGAAAAUUGAUGAGACUGACAACCUAACUCAGACGGCUAUAGGUCCUGUGCCAGGAGCAGCAACACGAGACAUUUUGCAUACACCAAAACGAAAAAGGAUAAAAUCAACAUCAAACUACAUCUAUCAGACCUUGUUUCUUGAUGGUGAAGACAGUGACAUUACUAUCAAUGCCUUAGGAAAGGAAUGGAAGCUCCAUAAACUUUACCUGUCACAGUCACCUUACUUUUCCUGUAUGUUCAGUGGGUCUUGGAAGGAGUCGUUCCAGUCAGAGAUCUCAGUUGAUGUAACGGAUGUGAAUAUAAACGAGGAAGCUUUGAAGAUAGCAUUUGGCUCCCUGUAUAAAGACUAUGUUUUCAUCAAACCUGUACAGGUUGUGAGUGUUUUGGCAGCUGCUAUGUUACUACAGUUGGAAGGAUUGAUUGACCAGUGUGAGUCUAUGAUGAAAGAAACAAUCAGUGGCCAGACUGUGUGCUCAUACUACAUUGCCAGUAGUAGAUAUGCCCUCCAGACCAUCACCAAGGAUUGUCGUAACUGGCUCCUCUAUAACCUGAUAGCCAAUGAAAGCCCAUUUCUCCUGCAGGGUAUAAGCAUUGAGAUGAUGACAGACUUGAUUGCCUCCCCUGAUCUGUCUGUGAUGCAGGUUGAGAUGGAUGUCUACAAUCUGUUGAAAAAGUGGAUAUUUGUGAGACUGAAGCCCACCUGGUCAGGAAACAACAAGGACCUUACAAAAGAUUGUGACAACUUCUUCAGAGGCCUCGUUACUUCAACAGGGACAGAUGAAAAGAAGUUGGCUUUCUUAACAACAUCAGAUGGGCAACAAUUUUUACUUCCUUAUUGUAAAGUCCGAUGGCACCACAUUCUGACUGAUCUGUCUUCACUGAAAAUCCUGGAGAAGGACUGUAUCAUUGACCUUGAUUGGAUAAGAUUAAGCUAUGAACAUCAUUGGAAAGAAAUGCUGAAAAUGGAACAGGGACAAGACUCGGGACCAGCAGAAGUUCCUGAUCAGGCUGUUUUUGACCGUCUGUCCCUACGAUGUGGAAGGGUGUUACCCAAGGAUGGAGAGUACUGCUGGAGAUGGGUCGGAUACAAUUAUGGUGUGGAUCUCCUAGUGACUUUCAUGAACAACGUCAUCACUCUCAAACGUAACACUCACAGUCAGUCAUGUCCACUUACAGUUAGCUUCCAGACACUGAGACAUGUUGCAUACAGGUUGAAGAUAGCCUGUUUUGAUGAGAAUGGUAAAAUAAAGAAUUCCAAGUCUACUGGUUUGAAGCAUAUCAGUUUGGGAAAAGAUGAGGAGACAGUGGUGAUGACUGUUGGUCGUGAUUUUAUCUUCCCCCUUCACAUCACGGUUAACUUGUUGCUGACCACACCGCCAGAUUCUGGCUAUCCUGCCAUCAACAUGGACUGUGCCACAAUAAAGGCAGGACUCCGAGGGGACAGAGAGGUGGACAGUCACUGUGACACUGGUGUACAGACUGUAUAUGAACAGCAAGUGAGACUGUGUGAUAUGGGAGUACAAACUAUCUCAUCUAUAGGACAUCUGGUACAUGAUAAGGGAGUACAGACAAUCUCUUGUGCCAGUCAACAUGUGGUAUGAUAGGUCUACAUCAUCCUCUGUCGGUCAUACAAUACAGAAUACAAACUUUGUCAAUUGGCCAACUAGUGCAUUUGUAGACUUUUGACAAGGGAGACAAUCUAGUGGUCAGAUAACAUGUGGUAUGAUAAAGGAAUGAAAUCUUGUGGUCAGAUAACGUGGUAUGAUAAAGGAAUGAAAUCUUGUGGUCAGAUAACAUGUGGUAUGAUAAAGGAAUAAAAUCUUGUGGUCAGAUAGCGUGGUAUGAUAAAGGAAUGAAAUCUUGUGGUCAGAUAGCGUGGUAUGAUAAAGGAAUGAAAUCUUGUGGUCAGAUAACAUGUGGUAUGAUAAAAGAAUGAAAUCUUGUGGUGAGAUAACAUGUGGUAUGAUAAAAGAAUAAAAUCUUGUGGUCAGAUAACAUGUGGUAUGAUAAAGGAAUGAAAUCUUGUGGUCAGAUAACAUGUGGUAUGAUAAAAGAAUGAAAUCUUGUGGUCAGAUAACAUGUGGUAUGAUAAAGGAAUGAAAUCUUGUGGUCAGAUAAUAUGUGGUAUGAUAAAGGAAUGAAAUCUUGUGGUCAGAUAGCGUGGUAUGAUAAAGGAAUGAAAUCUUGUGGUCAGAUAACAUGUGGUAUGAUAAAGGAAUGAAAUCUUGUGGUCAGAUAACGUGGUAUGAUAAAGGAAUGAAAUCUUGUGGUCAGAUAACAUGUGGUAUGAUAAAGGAAUGAAAUCUUGUGGUCAGAUAGCGUGGUAUGAUAAAGGAAUGAAAUCUUGUGGUCAGAUAACAUGUGGUAUGAUAAAGGAAUGAAAUCUUGUGGUCAGAUAGCGUGGUAUGAUAAAGGAAUGAAAUCUUGUAGUCAGAUAGCGUGGUAUGAUAAAGGAAUGAAAUCUUGUGGUCAGAUAACAUGUGGUAUGAUAAAGGAAUGAAAUCUUGUGGUCAGAUAACAUGUGGUAUGAUAAAGGAAUGAAAUCUUGUGGUCAGAUAACAUGUGGUAUGAUAAAG